CCGCCCUAGAAACAGCGAGGGGCGGAGGUGGGGCUGCGUGCACCGUGAGGGUUUGUAAACUGAGGUCUGUGCGACCGGACCGGACCGGACAUGAGCGUCCCGGAGCCGGACGAGGGGGCCCCUGUGCCCGACCACCGCGGCCUCUGCGAGGCUGACACUACCCCGGGGACCCCAGGCUGGCGUCCGCUGCUCGGCGAGAAGGCGGUGACAGGUGAGGGCAGCGCGGGGAUCGUGGGGAGCCCAGCGCCCCGGGGUGUCGCGGGCCUUGGCCCCCAGAUGCGGGUGGCCGCAGCUAAGCAAGGAGAGACCCCGCCUGUUGUCGAGGGCCCCGCGGCGGCGGCGUUCGUGGCACCGAAAGAUGCGGAGAAGGCCCUAGAAACUCGGGGAGCGGAGGCCCGGGCCCACGACGUGAAGAUUGAACGGGGCACCGUCGCGGUGGCAGCGCGAGAGCAGUCAGAAGUGGCGAUGCGAGCGAGUGAGGAGGUGAUGGAGGUGGAGCAGAAGCCCGCGGGUGAAGAAAUGGAGAUGCCGGAGGCUAGUGGAGGAGUCAGGGAGGCGCAGGAGGAGGCAGGGCCUUGGCACCUGGGCAUCGAUCUUCGCACGAACCCGCUGGAGGCCAUCCAGCUGGAACUGGACACCGUGAAUGCUCAGGCCGACAGGGCCUUCCAACAUCUGGAGCAGAAGUUUGGGCGGAUGCGGCGACACUAUCUGGAGCGAAGGAACUACAUCAUUCAGAAUAUCCCAGGCUUCUGGAUGACCGCCUUCCGCAACCACCCUCAGUUGUCCGCCGUGAUUAGGGGUCAGGAUGCAGAGAUGUUAAGGUACAUAACCAAUCUGGAGGUGAAGGAACUGAGGCAUCCUAAGACUGGCUGCAAAUUCAAGUUCUUUUUCCGAAGAAACCCCUACUUCAGAAACAAGCUGAUUGUCAAAGAAUAUGAAGUGAGAUCAUCCGGCCGAGUGGUGUCUCUUUCCACUCCAAUCAUAUGGCGGAGUGGGCAUGAGCCCCAGUCCUUCAUUCGCAGAAACCGAGACCUCAUCUGCAGCUUCUUCACCUGGUUCUCAGACCACAGCGUUCCAGAAUCUGACAGGAUCGCUGAGAUUAUCAAAGAGGACCUGUGGCCAAACCCACUGCAAUACUACCUGUCUCGUGAAGGAAUCCGUAGACCCCGACGUCGCCCAAUAAGGGAACCAGUGGAGAUUCCCAGGCCUUUUGGCUUCCAGUCAGGCUAACCUUUGCUUUUGAAAAUGCAGCUGGCUGGAACAAGUCCCUUCUCGCCUGUGCUUGAGCAAAUGCACCGGGUAUGCAGUGUUUUGAUUUCUUUCCUCCUGACUUUUCUGCAUCUUCUGUUUGGAUAGUCUCCUCACCUCGAGAUUAAGACUGUGGGCAUGCUUCUGCCUUCACAUGGCUCCCAUGCUGUCCUGAAUUAGUAUCUGCCGGUUCUUGACCCUGAUUUGUACCCUUUCUAAGCUUAACAGUGAAACUGUGUAUCGCACUGCCUUUACACUAUGUGGAUGCUGUUUUCAGUGUUACCCAUUUACUGCCACCUAGAUGUCUUGCUUUAUCUGGGGGCUCUUCUAUUUACCUGUUCAGCCCGUGGCAAUGUGGGCAAAAAGUUUUCAGACAGUUGCUGGGCCUAAAGGUCAUUGCAGGAGUGGGCCACCUUCUGUGUCAUUUUGUUAUUUUAAAGAAAAGUAGUUCAGAAACACCUGUAAGAUCAGGAGUUGUAGUUCAUUUAUACUCAGCAUUUCCUGAGAGGAUGCUCUGUAAAAGAGGUCACAGAACUCUGCCUUGUCUCCUCUCUUACCCACUCCUCAGCCUGGUUAGCUAGCAAGUCCUAAAAAGCUUAUAUGGAGACAGAAUACAGAGACAGAACUAGAUGGAAACAGGUGAGCUUUUCCUAAUAAUGUGUAGAACUAAAGAGAUUGUGAUGGGUACCCUAAGCAGGAAAAGUGAGCUGAAAAUGAAAAGGCUUAGAGUCAAAGUAAGUCAGAUAAAAAUUGGGCUGAGGAUGAAGACAGGAUGAGAGCUUUCAUAUUUUGGCCAGUCAUUGGUGAUGGGAAGAGAAUUUCUCAGGAAAAAUACUUUCUCUGAGUGUUGAAUGUUGCCUAGACAACGCUUCUUUAAAGAAGCAGUUCACGUUUGUGUUAUUUUUCUCUCUUUAUAUGUGAUCUAAUGUAAAUGAAAGGGUAAUACUGUGCUCAUAUUUUACCAACAUUUAGUAAAAUGCUACUUGUUUCUACUUACUGGAGAAAUUUAAACACUUUCAUUUGCAUUCAUUUGAAACCACUUGGAAGAGCAAUAGACUUAAGUGAAUAUUCAUAACAGUUUUCAAUAUUAAUCCAAAUUCUUAGAAACAGCUUGGAUAAUUUGGUCUUUAUCAAAUGUGUCAAGUUAUUGUCUUAUGGAAAAGUAAAUAUGUGACUUGAUUGACUUGAUAGUCUCUUCUUAAACUGCACAUGGUUGUAAAAGUUCUUUGUCAGAUUAGCACUGUAUUCAGAGUGUAUUUGUUGCUGUUUGUAUGCAUGAUGGUAAAUAAAAGCAUGGUACCCAG